AUGUAUAUGGAAUUUGGAAUUAUACAGGAUUUGGGAUGGAAUUUGGGACAUAUAUGGGAUUUGGAGCAUACAUGGGAUUUGGAACAUACAUGGGAUUGGAUUUCUGGAUGGCAACUAUAUCUUUACCCUCUGACACUGUAUUAA